GCACGGUUUUCCUGGCCCGACCCUUCUUUGAUCAGGUCUAGCGAAAUCCAAAAGCCCGUUCGACCCCAAACACCGACCCGGCUCCUCUUCGUCUCCCAAAUCCAUCGCCGUUCGAGUAGCCGGCGCCGGCGGCCGGAGCGGCGGCGAUGAAUCCCCUCACGCAGGUGAAGCGGACGCAGGUUAUCAACCAGAAGGAGGCGCUCCUGGGCAUCGGCGAGGACGCUUCGUGGCACGCCAAGUUCAAGGACUCCGCCUACGUCUACGUCGGAGGCGUCCCCUUCGACCUCACCGAGGGCGACCUCCUCGCCAUCUUCGCGCAGUACGGUGAGGUGGUCGACGUGAACCUCGUGCGCGACAAAGGCACCGGAAAAUCCAAGGGGUUCGCGUUCCUCGCGUACGAGGACCAGAGAAGCACAAUUCUUGCUGUUGACAAUUUGAAUGGAGCUAAAGUUCUUGGGAGGAUCAUAAGGGUUGACCAUGUGAGCAAGUACAAGAAGAAGGAGGAGGAAGAUGAGGAGGAGCAGCAGAAGAAGAGGGAGGCCCGUGGAGUCUGCUACGCUUUUCAGAAAGGCGAGUGCAACCGGGGGGCUUCCUGCAGAUAUUCACAUGAUGAGCAGAGAAAUGCAAACACCGGUUGGGGUUCUAAAGAGGAUAGCGGUGCACGAUGGGAGCAUGACAAACACAGUGAUGUACCAAAGAGCCGAGGCAUGUGCUAUGCUUUCCAGAAAGGGGAGUGCAACCGUGGAGCAUCCUGCAAAUUUUCGCAUGAUGAGCAGAGAAAUGUAAACAAUCGUCAGAGUUCCAGGGAUGGUGAACCAUCGAGAUCAGAGCGCUAUGGAGACCGAGAAUCUAGGAGUAGGCAUGAUGAUAGAAGAGCAGAAGAUCGGGACAGAUACAGGCGUGACAAUUCACCUGAGAGAUUACGAGGUGAGAGGCAGAGGAACGAUGACAGAUCUGAUAGAGGAAGGGAAGAAAAAUCAGAAAGACGCAAAUAUGAUGCGGAAUAUGAUGACCGCAAGCGGUCAAGGUAUGGCAGAGAGUGAUGCCAUGAAAGAAGUGUUUACAAAGAGGACAAAUGGUGCAGGAGACCUUGGGAAUAGAUGUUUGUACUCUUUACUUACAAUACAACCAGUGCUGUUAAUUUUUGAUAUUUGAAUGUAGUCGUCUUCGUCUGCUGCUUCAUUCAGAUAAGUAUUUUUUUUAUAAGCCUCCAUUUGAUUACAUCUGGUAUUUCCCCCCCUGGUUGGGACCAUUUUUAGUUAACAUAGCUGAAACCAUUUGACUAGAUUGUGUUAAUGCCAAUUGUGUGGUUUUUGCCAA